ACAGUACUUUGACUGAGUUCCUUCUCCUUCCACUUCUCUGUGACCUCAGAUAUUUACAGAACUACAUCCACUCGUCUCAGAAAAUCAUUUCAAAAACAAAAACUGCUGAAUCUGUUUUUUUUCCUUUUGUUCCUCCUCCGGCUUCUUCACCUCAGCUUCACUUCACUUUGUUUUCAAGUCGUCACAGUGGGUUUUAUUCUUCUGUCGGUUCCAUCAGUCUCCUCUGCUCUUCUCUUAUCUCCCAUCCAAAUAGUUCAUCUUCCCAUCUUCCCUUUCUCUUUUCUGAACCUCAUCAUCCCUCUCUCCUGUUCUCUUCCACUUGUCUCCUUUAAACCUUUCCUCCUCACCUAUCCUUCCACCCUUCCAUCUUCUCCUCCCCACUAUUCUCUCGUCUCAACACCUUGUCUCGUCUCCUCAGGUUCUCCAUCAUGCUCCCUCACUUCUCUCUUGUGAUGGGAGCCCUGCUCUCAUUGGCCGUUUCCCAGCUGGCUGCUCUGGAGACCUGCCAAGCAAUGCCCGGGAUACCAGGUAUGCCUGGGCUGCCCGGCAAAGACGGUCGUGAUGGAGAGAAAGGAGUGAAAGGAGAACCAGGGGAAAAGCAGAUUGGCGGUCUCGGCCCACAGAACGGAGAGAAGGGCGAGCCGGGGACGACGGGAUUCACUGGUAAACGAGGUCAGAGUGGCGAGCUAGGGGAACCCGGGGCCCCAGGGAUGGCGGGAGAACCAGGAGAACCAGGAGAACCCGGGACGGUUGGAGUCCAACAGAGGGCGGCCUUCAGCGUGGCCAGAGGCACCAAUGAUAACCCGGACAAAAAUAGCGUCAUUCGUUUCACCACGGUCAUCACCAACAUCAACAACGACUACAACACAGAAACAGGACACUUCAGGUGUCGCGUCCCGGGGACGUACUUCUUUGUUUACCACGCCUCUUUAGAUGAUCGUCUCUGUGUCCUGAUGAAGCUGGACGGAAAGCUGCUGUCGUCCUUCUGUGAUCUCCGCCGAGGGAGAAGACAGGUGACGUCUGGCGGCCUGUCCGUCUACCUGUCCCGGGAUCAGGAGGUCUGGCUGGAGACCAAAGACUACAAAGGGAUGAGAGGGAACCCCAGUGGCUACAGCAUCUUCUCCGGCUUCCUGCUGCGCCCGCACUGACCCGGGAAACACAGAACCACCUCCGUCCUCAAACCUCUCGACAGCAAACUGGGUCAUUUCACCGGCUACAAUAUAUUUCAUAUAUCUCCUGCGUGAAAAACCUCGUGCAGACGCAGAGAAGACUUUAAUUUAUAUUAUAGUUUGAUUUAGUCACUUUUGAGGAAGAAGGGAUUUGUUUCCAUUAGUAAUCAGCCUUAAAAGUGUUUUUUGUUUCAGCUUUCUCUUUUUUAUUCACUUUUUAAAAGUUACCAGGUCCAAUUCACUGUGUUGAAUUUAUUUUCUCUGUCACAAGUUGAACUGGAAAACUACAAAUAAAGAUCUGAAAACAACCUCA